AGCGGCGCACAGCCAAGAUGGCGGCUGGGCUGCGGAAACGCGGCCGGGCGGGUUCCGCGGCCCAGCCGGCGGGGAUCUGCAGACAAUGGCUGCACCGCGCCUGGCAAGAACGGCGCCUGCUGCUGCAGGAACCGCGCUACACGCUGCUGGUGGCCUCCUGCCUCUGCCUGGCAGAGGUGGGCAUCACCUUCUGGGUCAUUCAAAGGGUGGCAUAUACAGAGAUCGACUGGAAGACCUACAUGACCCAGGUGGAAGGUGUCAUCAACGGCACAUAUGACUAUACACAGCUGCAGGGUGACACUGGACCACUUGUCUACCCAGCUGGCUUUGUAUACAUCUUUAUGGGGCUAUACUAUGCCACUGGCCAGGGCACUGACAUCCGAAUGGCCCAGAACAUCUUUGCUCUGCUUUACCUGGCUACCUUGCUGCUUGUUUUCUUAAUCUACCACCAGACCUGUAAGGUACCUCCCUUUGUCUUUUUCUUCAUGUGUUGUGCUUCGUACCGCGUCCACUCCAUUUUUGUGCUACGACUCUUCAAUGACCCAGUGGCUAUGGCACUGCUCUUCCUCAGUAUCAACCUUUUCCUGGUCCGGCGCUGGAGCUGGGGCUGCUGCUGUUUCAGCCUGGCAGUCUCUGUGAAGAUGAAUGUGCUGCUCUUUGCCCCUGGGUUGCUGUUCCUUCUUCUCACUCAGUUUGGCUUCCGUGGUGCUCUCCCCAAGCUGAGCAUCUGUGCUGCACUUCAGGUGGUGCUGGGACUGCCCUUCCUACUGGAGAACCCCAUUGGCUACCUGUCCCGCUCCUUCGACCUUGGCCGCCAGUUUCUCUUCCGCUGGACAGUGAACUGGCGCUUCCUGCCUGAGGCUUUCUUCCUCCAUCGCGGCUUCCACCUCGCCCUCCUGGCUGCCCACCUUGCCCUGCUCUUGCUGUUUGCCCUGUGCAGAUGGCACAGGACAGGGGAAAGUAUCCUGUCGCUGCUGAAGGAUCCCUCCAAAAGGAAGGUCCCACCCCAGUCCCUCACACCCAAUCAGAUUGUUUCUACCCUCUUCACCUCCAACUUCAUUGGCAUCUGCUUUAGUCGUUCCCUUCACUACCAGUUCUACGUGUGGUAUUUCCAUACUCUGCCCUACCUCCUAUGGGCCACGCCUGCACGCUGGCUCACACAUCUGCUCAGGUUGCUCUUGCUGGGACUCAUCGAGCUUUCCUGGAACACGUACCCAUCCACACCUUGCAGCUCUGCUGCCCUGCACAUAUGCCAUGCUGUCAUCCUGCUACAGCUCUGGCUGGGCCCGCAGUCUUUCCCCAAGAGCAUCCAGCCCAGCAAGAAAGCCCACUGAAGUCCAACCCUUCUCCUCAAGGCCAGGAGGACCUGGGUGUGAUGGACUCUGUGCUCUUCCCAAUAAAUCUUGCCAAGUCC